AUGGAUAAUCGCGGCUCUUUUUUCUUGUUCUUGUUGGCUUUCUACCUCCUCCUUAGCCAUCAGUCGCGUCCGCCGUUGCUUGAAGAAGACAGGGAACAUCAGCGUGAGCUUGCACGUGAGCGACAUGCACUCCAAUUGAUGAACGGAUCGCACCAUGGCGACUUCGAUCCACUUGCAAAUAAAUGGCUUCCUUUUUCAGGCCUAAGGAGGAAUGACAGCUAUGCGUGGGAUCUGUUGCCGCAGGUCCAAGGUCUUGCUCGGCACCAGUUGCAGUCAGCCAUGUCCAACGCUGGGUUAGAGCCUCCAGAUGGUCUAGAGGACCCUGCUGUAUCGCCCACCCUCAACUUAACGAAGUUGCUGUUCCCAGUCUAUCGCAACUCAACGGGAAAACUCCGGGGCGACUGGGUUCGGCGGUCUGAUGGCUCAGAUCGCCGUGAGCCUCUCAAUACGACUGCCAUCGCCGAGGAACACGAAUACUUUACCCAUGAGUUCAGCCACAAUAUCACUGGCAAUCAAGGUACCUUCUACUUUGAACUCGACGAGGGGGGUGGGGAAGAACUCCAGAUGGGCAACGAAAUUAUUAGAGAAAUGCGAGCAAGCUUGAGGGUUGAGAGCGAGGACUUCUGGGGGAGUACCUGGGCCCUCCCUCUCUUUGGUGUGCACUUCCCGGAGACUGGAAGUAUCGUUUUGAGUACAUCAAGUGAAAAGUACGGCGGGAUGUUUGCGUUGCCACAGUUGAUGCUUUCCCCCGAUGCCUACGAAUUGUCCCAUGGACUCCUGAUGCAGUCACUUUCCGAUACCAUUUCGGACAAACCGAACCGGCCCCCAACUCUGUUCCCUUGGUCUAGUUUUGCGGGGACCUCCCAGCUGGAGUUUCCGUCCCCCAAUUGUGAACAUAUCAUCUACCUCCAGCAGCACCCUGUCAUGUUAGGAGAUUCACCCGCUGAUAAACUGCUCUUGGAGCGUAUGGAACAAGAACUCAGAUAUCCCAUGGGAGCACCGCUCCCGGAUUCCCCUCUUAUGGUUAUGUCUGCCGUCGUCUUUUCCCCAGACUGCGGGUACAUACUUGAAACAAAGGGAACACCUGAGUUCCCUCCUUCAGAUUCUCUGUAUCUCACUGGGCCAAAACAGGAAGAGUACGCCAAAUAUGCCGCACGUCUCAUUUUCGUGGUCUCCGGUGUAUUCGUUGCACAAAUCAUGCUGCUUUUGCGUCAGAUCAAAGAGGCUUCUACUCCUUCCACGCGGAGUCGGGUGAGCUUCUAUACAAUCGCAUUGAUGGCGCUCGGUGACGCAUUCGUUUUGACAUUUAUCAUCUUGGAGUUGUACGCGUCGGUGUCUCUUCUAGUGAUGGCCACUGCAUUGUUUUUGGCCUUCCUUUCAGUGAGCUACAUUGGAAUGAAAUUUAUGAUGGAAAUUUGGGCUGUGCAAGAGCCGGAAAGACGAGAUCAAGACCGUUCCUCGAACUCCCCGCCUCCAACCACACGCCCAGGAACAUUGCCAUUGCCCGCGACUGCCCCGACAGUGCGAGACUCUGGGGCUACCCCAAUCAUCUUACCGCCUGAUCAAGACGCCCCUGCCGAUGAGUUGGAUUCACCAGCCCCAGCCGCCCGAACCACGCCUCCAAGCCCGAGUCAAAUUCGAAGCGAUGUGGGAGCAAUGUAUGCUCGGUUUUAUCUUGCAUUGUUCUCAAUGCUCAUUCUAUCCAUCUGGGCAUUCCUUUUGCCCAGACGUCUUGGGUCAAUCUACACACGCGUCUUAGCAUCAGUCUAUCUCUCCUUCUGGACCCCCCAGAUUUACCGGAACGUGAUGCGAAACUGCCGCAAGGCUCUCCGAUGGGACUUUGUCGUUGGCCAGAGUGUUUUGAGAUUGUUCCCAUUCUUAUACUUCCUCACAGCCCGCGGGAAUGUGCUUUUCAUCCGGCCUGACUAUACAACUGCCUUCGUCGCGACCGGAUGGGUAUGGAUCCAAGCCUGGGUCUUGGCCAGUCAAGAUAUUCUCGGACCACGCUUCUUCGUGCCCCGUGGCUGGGCACCUCCUGCGUAUGACUACCAUCCCACGCUACGGGAUUUGUCUGGAGGGAAUGAGGAUAUUGAGGCCGGGGGUGGUGAUUUAUCAAUUGCAUCUCUCCGGGCUGAUGAACGAGACCUGGUCAGCGACACUAAGGAUGACGACAAGCAGCGCAAAGACCGCAAAAAGGCCAUAUUUGAUUGUGCUAUUUGCAUGCAAGAUAUAGAGGUUCCGGUCCUUCCCGCAUCCUCUGCUUCAGGUGGAAGCAGUGUUGCCGAUGGCGCCACUAGCAUCUUGAGCCGUCGGUUGUAUAUGGUUACUCCUUGUCGCCAUAUUUUCCACACUGCCUGUUUGGAAAGCUGGAUGAGGCUGCGUCUCCAGUGUCCUAUUUGUCGUGAAUCCAUCCCGCCUGUAUAA